AGUGUAAACGUGCAUCAUUGCGCAAGAAAGACGCAGCGGUUCCUGGGCGGCGGUCCUCCCUUCCCUGGGGCGGCGUGUGACUGGUCGGUCCCGGCGUCAUUCAGGGGGUGGGCUGCACCGCUAAUUUCUAAAUGCCUGCUGUGUGUCAAUUUGGGUCUCAGUCUGCACGGUCGUGUGAAGCUGUCAGCAGCGGUAGCGGCAGCCACCAGCGGCUGCGGGUCCGAGCCGAACUUGAGCUUUCCUGCAUUUCACAUGACAUGAGCCUCUGGAGACGCGGGUCUGCAUUGAGAUUGGAGAAUCUUUUUAUUUGGAUGGUGGUGCCGCCGAAUCCGUGCGGCAGACCGUGAACUUUAACUCUAACUUUUCUUUUGGCGUGCGUGGCUGGUUCACAUUUUGACCAUCUUGACAAGACUAGAUUAUUAUUGGGGGUUUUAUUUAUUUAUUUAUAAUUUUAUUUUAUUUUAUUUUAUUUUUUUUUUUUUUGAAGAUGCUCCUCGAGAGGUCGGUUUUGCUGUUGCUUGUGUUCUGUCUGGUUCCGGUGCUCGAGGCUGACGAGUGCACGCCGUGCCAUCUCCGGACUUGCCCCACCGGGGCGACACACGGUUGCGACGGUGGCCGGACCGUGGCCAAGGAUCCAUGCGGGUGCUGCGAGCAGUGCACACGCCUGAAGUGGGAGCGGUGCGGGGGGCCGGACUGGAGCCUCGGCUACUGCUCCCUGGGGCUGACCUGCGCCUCUCUCAACUCGACUGGUGGUGCGACCAUCCCUGAAAUUGGAGUGUGUAAAGUGCUUCCGGAACAUCCGGAGGCCGGCCUGGAAGACGAGCGAUGCCCGCUGAUGACGGGCUGCGACAGAGCCGAUGGUCAGUGUGUUUGUGAUGCCAGGCACACCUGCCUUGGGUCUUUUACCUACCAAGACCUGGAGACCUGUAUGAAGGCCCAUCCAGAGGGUCGGAACCAAGAGCCCCGGGGAAGACACAGGCAGAAGUAUGUGGGACCGUCCGACCCGGCCUGCAUGUUCUCUGGAUGUAACCUGACCGCUGACGGAUGUGUGUGCGAGUCUCGGAGCUGCAGCCACCAUUUUGCCUUCAUCAACCUUAGCCAGUGCCGAGAAGCCGCAGAAGAGCUAAGGUGUGCCAGCGUUACCUGUCCUGCUCUCAAGGUGUCGUCGUGCCCAAAAGGCUCAGUCUUGACCAAGAGUUACACACCUCCUGCUGGUUGCUGCCCCUCUCUCCCACCCCAGUGCACCUGUGAUUUUGGGGCCUGCCGCCAGCCUCACUGCCCAAGUGGACAGCGUGCUGUUCCACUCAGCAAAGCCAACGGGCAGCCGGGAGACUGCUGUGAUGUCUUUGAGUGUCAGAAAGUCUCUCCCAAGUGUGUUCACAAUGGAAAGGAGUUCUCCGAAGGAGAAGUGUACCGCAUGGAUCCGUGCUGGCUAUGUCAAUGCCGGGGAGGAAUCUCCUUCUGCGCCAAGGCAGAGUGCGCCGAGCUUGACUGUGAGAACUUCUACAUUCCUGAGGGCGAGUGCUGCCCCGUCUGCAUAGAUGUGGAGUUACUGUCAGUGGACAGCACAAAGGCCAGCUGCUGGGUGAACAACAAGCUGCGAGCCCACGAGGAGCAGUGGAAAGAGGACGACUGCACCUUCUGCCAGUGCGUGGAUGGUGAACCGCACUGCACAGCCAUGGCCUGCAAGCAGAGCUGCCAGAAUCCCGUCAAGAUCCCUGGAGAGUGUUGCCCCUUCUGCGAAGAACCUUCCUAUGAAACAGUCAGCCCCAUGCUGUGUCCUCCUUUGGAAAACUGCAGCCUUUCCGAGAAUGACUGCCCUUAUGGCUUCUAUCAAGACAUCAAUGGAUGCCUGCUCUGCCAGUGUCUCAAUAAUGACUCAUGCCCUGACCUGGGAAAAUAUUGUUCCCUGCGAUGCCCCACGGGAUACGAGAGGGACGACUUUGGCUGUGAGGUGUGCGAGUGCAGCAUCCCCGUGCCCAGGUGCCGACCUUUGACUUGCACCAAGACCUGCCCCUAUGGAUUCGCGCGGAACAAGCACGGGUGCGAGAUGUGCCGCUGUGUCAAGUGCCCCCCCUUCACCUGUGACAAGCACUGCAAUGACGGCUACAAGCACAACAAGAGGGGCUGCUCCGUCUGCAUGUGUAAAGAGAGCGUUCAUUCCCCCAGCCCCACAGCCCCGAUCUCAAUUCCCAGCUUUUGCUUCACCGCGAAUGGCAACCGAUACGAGGAAGGCGAGAGCUGGCACGACGGCUGCCGCGACUGCUACUGUCAUUCCGGAAGGGAGAUGUGCGUCCUCAUAUCCUGUCCUGUGCCGAGCUGCCCUCAUCCGGUCAUGAAGCCUGACCAGUGUUGUCCUACGUGUGAGGACGAGUCGGGGAGCGGUUUGCCGGAGGGGAUGGACAUGGUGGUCUGCAGAGCCCCAGGAGGGGAAUUUUAUGUGGAAGGGGAGACCUGGGACCUGGACGAGUGUACACGGUGCACCUGCAGGCAGGGACGAGUGCUGUGCGACACUGAAGUUUGUCCACCGGCUCUGUGUCCGACAACUACCAAGAACAAGGACACCUGUUGUCACGUGUGCCUUGAGGAGACGCAGAGUCCGCUGCUGCCGGUCAACACCAGCCGGCAGGAGUACUGCAUCACCAAUGAUGGAGACGUCCUGCUGCCGGGAGACUCCUGGAAGACCAACGCAUGCACCAGCUGCAUCUGCAACAACGGCACCAUUCAGUGUUUCUCUCAGCGCUGCCUGCCUGCCAACUGCAGGGUGCCCGUCUUACGCAAGGGCCAGUGCUGCCCGUACUGUCUCGAAAUGACGACCUCUGCGCCAGUCUUGUUGUCGACCGUCGCCCCGAAAACAGGGGUCACGACAAGUGUGCGGCGGGCUGAUGAGAAUGCUGAUGUUACUGAACCGCCUGUUGUGGCAGACACAGAUGAGCCCAUUUUGGGUGAAAAUUACCCCAACCAAACAGAGAUGGCUGUCAUCUACCAGUCAGCCGCUUGGAUCCUGGCAGGUCUCCUCCUGGCAAUCAUCAUCUUCCUCAUUGUUGCUUUGCUUAUCAACAAGAAGAAGAAGUGGGUGCAGAUGUCCUGCUACAGUGCUCCAAAGAAGACCGUGAUCCUGAAACAUGUGAACAAGAACCAGGUGGUCUAUAUGGAGCCCUAUAAGGAAAACAAGUUUCAGAAUGUGAAGAACGACUGCGGGAUUCAUUUCUCCCCCGAGACGAGUUCUCCCUCGCUGACCAUCCCCAGAGCCAAGCUGGCAAACAACUGGACGGCGCGCUAACCAAAACCAUCAGCAGAUCGGAGCUGUCCGUCACCUCGUGCUCUCUCUCCUGUUGUGCUGCCAUGGUGACUUGUACAUCCAAACACACACCAUGGAAGCCACCUGCAACCCACGCUUUUCUCUAUGCGAUUGGAAAACGAGGACUCACCACCUUGCAUUAAAAACAAACUAUUGAAUGUGACCUUUUAUUGUGUUUGGACCUUUUCCAGCAUGGACACCGACACUGUUGACGUGAGGUGCUGAUGUGAGGACACACAGUCCUUCUGCUUUACUGCACAAUCACUGAGACUCCUCAGUCAUUGUAACCGUAACUUUUUCUUUUGCCUCUUUUUGGACUACGAGGGGAGGAGGAAAGUUCUUGGAAGGGGGUCAAGCUAAGAGGUUUACAGCAUGCUGCCCCCUCAGUACAGCAGUCCUUCAUGGAUGUUGUCAGUACAAUUAGCAGGAAGGCCAAAUGAACUGGUAGUCCACUUGGAUCCACCAAAUGUUAACAGUCCAGCAGGUUUUAUAUGCACCCUGCGUUAGAAUGUGUGGUUUGUUUAGUUUUGUGUAUAUUGCAGCAGUACUGUAUUCAUAUUCAUGUUGCUCUAGGCUGAAUCGUAUUUUUUUUUUUUUUUUUUUGUCAAUAUCUUCUUAGGUCCAAACAUAUGCUGGUUUAAACAUUCCCAUCACCACAUCAACAAACCUCACAAAAAGAUCUGGAAAAAUUCCCUCAGGAAUCUUCAAUGUAAAACAGAAGCUAGCAGGUUUUUUUCCCCCUCUACAACAUUAACAUCCAACAGCCUGGUUUUUAUAUUUCAUCAUAUCUGGAUGCUGAAUCAGUGAUGGACGUCUAAGGAGAAUGUUAUUGCAGAAGAGGAGACAAAAAUGGUGCAGCUUAGAAUAGUUUCAUUGAAACUUUUUAAGGAAUGUCUAAUGCAGCUUCAAAUCUGCACGUAUGUGAAUGUUGCCAAUGAUUACUUUUAAAGCCUUGAAGCUACAGCCUUAAAGCUUUCUUUUUAGCCUCUUAAAAUGGAACCACUUUGCAAGCCCUUAAAAAAAAAAAACUAUAA